CCCCUUCAUUCAUUGUCCGCUUCCUGGAGCCAUUUUUUCUGAAGCGGCUCCGAGGGAAGUUCGCCUGGUCGUUUUUCUCGCUUCCAUCUGCUGCUUUUUCGCUACCGAUCUUUGCACAUCUUGAUCGAAAUGAACACAUAAGACUCUCCUUUCUCGAUAUCUAUGAUUAUUUUGUGUGUGCGUUGGUGCGAUUUUUAGUAAAAGAUCAUCGAAGAAGGGGAGGCACAAAGGGAGAUCUCUGAAGAUGAGAAAGGGGGUCUCCUCGGUCUCAGACAGAGCGAUUAUAUCAGCCGCUCUUAUUGAGCCGAACAUGGGCUUGAUUUCGGGCUCCGAUCGCCGCUCUGCAGUUUAUCCCACACACAUCCAAAUGAUCACACCGCCUUCACAGCCUAAUCAUGUCCGGGUGUCUUCAUCUGGCAGCUUGUACACAACUCCUCUCCAAGGAUCUGCAAACGGCACCGGCUUGCGACCUGCUUUAGGACGACCUCCGGCCAAAAGGCGUUUGGAGUUGGACGUCGCAGAUCACCAGUACAGUGAACCGGCCCGAACACCAAGAGGUCGCAGAGCAGCUCUCCGAAUGAAGAGCCCUAAAGCUCCUAAAACCCCACCAGAGAAGUCACGCUAUGACACAUCCCUCGGCCUUCUGACCAAGAAGUUCUGCCAGCUGCUGGCUCAGUCUUCAGAUGGCGUGUUGGAUCUGAACCAGGCCGCUGACACACUCAAUGUCCAGAAGAGACGCCUGUAUGACAUCACCAAUGUGCUGGAGGGCGUGCGUCUCAUCAAGAAGAAAUCGAAGAACAACAUCCAGUGGCUGGGCUCGACUCUGCCCUCAGAAUCAGGGCCGCUGUGUCCACUCGGCCCUCUGCAGACUCUGAGCAGAGAGAUGCUGGCCCUGCGAGACGAGGAGAGACGACUGGACGAGCUCAUUCAGGCCUGCACUAACAACGUGCAGCAGAUGACUGAGGAGAUGCACAACCAGAAGUAUGCCUACGUCACGUACCAGGACAUCCGGAGAAUCAAAAACUUGCAGGAUCAAACUGUAAUUGCUGUUAAAGCACCAUCAGAAACUAAACUGGAGGUUCCUGACCCAAAGGAGAGUUUACAGGUGCAUCUGAGCAGCUCUAAAGGCCCCAUCGAUGUGUUCCUCUGCACGGACACCAGCGAGUCCAGCACUCCCCUGCGCAACGGUGUGGACGUGAACGGGAACGACACUGCCUUCCUCCGAAUGUCCAGAGAAGACACCAAAGACACAGAAAUGGCUGAUUCUAACCAGUCAAACAGCAGCGUGACGCAGACCGGCACGGCACCUUUGUCUCCCUUCAGCUCGUCUCUGUCCUCCAUCCUGGGCCCGUUCGUGACGCUCUCGCCUGCGCUGCUGGGAGAUGAGUACCCGCUGGGCAUGGACGAGGAGCAGGGCAUCAGCGACCUGUUCGACUCCUGCGACCUGGACAUGCUGCCUCUGGAUGAGCUGCUCAUGGUGUGAGCCUGCAGGUGAACAGGAGAUGGUUUACGUGUCAUUUGUUGUUUUUGUUUUGUUUUUUUAAAUAGGGGAAAAAUGGACUUGUUUGAUGAAAUGCGCUGGUUGAGUCUGGAUCAGUUGGACUUUUGGAUCGCCAGUCACGACUGGUAGUUUUGAUAUGUUUUGUUUUUUGUUUUUCAUUCUGUAAAUCCAGAGGGAAUGUUUUUUUAAGCGUGAUGUUUGCAUAGUGUAGUGGAUGUUGAAAGCUUUUUGGACGUGAUGUCUGCAGUUGAGCCACCAAGCUAAAACCUGGUAACCAGGUAGUUUUAUUUCGCAUCGCAAACUUGGUUUGCUUCAGCAGCUUUGUCUGAUUUGCAUUUACAGACAAAACAAAUUCCGCAUAACAGCUAUACUAGAUCAAAACUACCCAGUGGAGAACUUUUCAUUUCAGGGCUUGAUUUCUACAAAGGUAAAAUACUAAGCUAAAUACUGCUACCUGUUGUGUUAAAUAGGAUGUCACACUAGCAAGCGACAGACGAGUGUUUAUUUUCUGUGUAUGUGUGUGCUACGAUUUCAAAGUGUAAAGAAACAUUUGAAUUGAGAUUGAAUUUUCUCAAUUCUAUGCAAACAUGUAAAGCGAGAAAUCCAAGUGAUCGGCUUGAAUGAUUCCUUGGACAAAGUCUAGCUGCAGUUGUUUCUCAUUUAUGGUUUGAUGCACAAAAAUAGAAGAAAAACGAUAUGAUACGAUGUGACAUGUCAUUACACCCGUAUAACCGCAGUUUCAGCUUAUCCUGAAAUAAAGCUUGGAAGGAAGUAGCAGUGAUCAUUAGUGUCUCUGAUGAGUGUUUGUAGCCAAUGCAGUUAGCUAGCUUUUCUAAUCUGAAACAAAGCUAGUGCAAAGCCUAGCAUGUAAACAUAUAAACGAAUCAAUUUGCUUACUGAGUAACGCAUUAUUUUAAGCUAUAGAGUAGCUAUAUAUGUAAAUAUAGCUACUGUCGUUUCUCAUCAGAACUAAAAAAAAUAA